GGAUAUGGAUAAAUGCGACGAAUUCGUCUCGAGGUGGUUUGAGACUUUGAGCCGGAAUUUAAAUGACAGCGCUUCAAGUAAAGGGAGUUUACGACGGCGAUUGAAACAUCAUGAGUCGAAUGGAACUCAAGUCCCCCUACUUCGCACUUCCAGCCGCGAGGCCUACAGUUCCUGCCCACGUCCGUUUGUCGCUUGUUUAUCGUGGACUGUAGAGUGCAGACUGCAGAGCGCGGAUUGCCGUUUUUACCGUUCGCCCUAACCGUAUCGGAAUUGGAACGAUCUCGUCCUGACCCGACGCUUAAAUUCAAGAAGGGUUUCUCUUCCGUUUAAAUAGAUGCUGAGCAUUUAAAUUCCGGAAAAUAUGUGUUCGAGACAUUUGCUCAAAUUGGGUUCCCUUUAUUCAGCCGGUCCCUUGAAGAACGUCCGCCUCAACGGCCCUUCGCCCUUCCCGGCCGCCUCGGACAAAUUCAACUUUGCCUAUUUCUCGACUGGCCAAAAACUGCACAGGCGGCUUUCUUCUCUUGACCAUCAAAUAAUAUCAAAAGAUGACAAGAGAGAUUUUAUGGCUGUUUUUCCUGAUAUUGUACGUGAUAUAACCAAACUUGAAAAAAACUUACCCGAAUUGUCCAAUUGGUAUGUAAAGGUACUUCAAUAUAACGUAUCUUCAGGAAAAAAUCUCAGAGGAAUGUCAGUCGUUUAUAGUUAUAGAUUUCUAGCCCCUAAUAGUUUAACUCCAGAAAAUGUUAGGAUAUCACAGAUUCUCGGAUGGUGCGUUGAAAUGGUUCAAGGAUUUUUCAUCGUCCUGGAUGAUAUUAUUGAUGAGUCUGAGACGAGGCGAGGUAGACCUUGUUGGUAUAAAGUGCCUGGUGUUGGUUUAAAGGCUCUCAAUGAUGCUCUUCUGUUAGAAUCCAGCAUUUACAAACUUUUAAAACAGCACCUCAAUGGAACUCCACAUUAUAUCCCAAUAAUGGAGUUGUUUCAUGAGACUACUUUAAAUACAACAAUUGGCCAAAUAAUUGAUACAAACACAGCCUCAUUGGAUGGGACACAAUUUGAAAAGAUUAAUAUGGACCGUUAUAACUUUAUUACAACAUAUAAAACGUCAUGCUAUACGUUUCAUCUUCCAGUUGCAAUUGGAAUGUAUUUAGCAGGGAUCUUUGACAAGGAAAUGCAUCGGCAAGCUAAGACUGUAUUACUUGCAAUGGGACACUACUUUCAAGUACAGGAUGAUUACUUGGAUGUUUUUGGAGAUAUUGAAUUGACGGGAAAGCAGGGGACAGAUAUUAAACAUGGUAAAUGUACAUGGCUUGCUGCAGUUGCUUUACAAAGAGCUUCCCCAAGCCAAAGGAAGUUGUUUGAGGAGUGCUAUGGCAAACCCGAACAGGAGAAAAUUGAUAAAAUUAAAGAGUUAUUCAUUGAAAUGGGAAUCCCAGCACUUUACUCCACUUACGAAGAAGACACUUACAACCUGAUUACUACACAGAUUCAACAAUUGAGUGCUGGGUUGCCUCAUGAUUUAUUUUUCGGAUUGUUGGACAGAAUUCAUGGAAGAAAGCAUUGAAUCUGAAUGAAUUAAACAAAUCACCAAAAAUCUCAUUUCGACCAAAUUAAAAAUGGCAUCGAAUUUAAUAAUUUUUAAGCGGGUUGGUUAAAUUUGAUAUAAAUGUUAUGUUUAUAAUAUUAAAAUUAGUUUUGUGCAUUUUUAACUCAUAUAAGGGGCAUUAAUUAUGUUAAUUGAAGAGAGUAAAGGACUUGCAUUGUUUCUAAUGUAUCUAAAGUUUAAUAUUCAUGUUGUCAGAAUUUAUCCUGCUAUUUUUUUGAAUUUAUGUUAAGUUGUACAAUUUCAAAUAAUUACUACAACCUGAACCUGAAGGUUGAAUCUGAACAAAGUAUUUACUUGUUUAAAUAUAAUUUGUUCAUUUAUUGUAAAAUGAUUAAAAAUUGUAAAAUUUCAUUACAUUUUUUUCAUUACAUUUACAUUAUUUUCUCAGGGGUUUCUACAUUCACUUGUGAAAUUUUUAGUUUUCCCGCAAAUGGUAAAUUUUUUUGCUUUAUUCUCUUUAUGCAUUGCAACCCAUUUACACGGAAAACAAUAUGUAUUCAUUUUCUACAAGUACAUACUAUCCUUAUAAAAGUGACUUCAGUUUUUUUACUUUGGCCAUUAUAACAGAAAUUACAUUUCGCACUAAAUUUUUUUCAAGCAGGAUGGUGUUCUAGGAGCUGGAACCUAUUUUAAAACUUGAAACUGGUUUUUUAUAACAAUGCAUCGUAAUGAGUGUACAGCAUUAAAAUAAUCAAAGUUCAAUUUUUGUAACUAUUUGUAAGAAAUAUGUGAAACAAAUUCAAUAAUUUGAUGUGAGACCCCCUGUUACUUGGUAUUGUCGAUGAAGUUACCAUAGCUACCAUUUAUUAUUAUUUUGAAGUUCAGCAAUGGCCAGGUAUACAUCAAAUUACUAGAUUAAUCUAGUUAUAAUGUUCAUGAUGUGAUUGAACUUAUUAACAUGAACAUAGUGCUUUAUAAGUCUGUUGUUAAGUGAAGAAAAAAAUAUUUUGCCAAAUUGUUUUUUCUGAUAGUAUGUUACUGUCGAUCUUAAAAGAAUGCUCAAGAAGUCUGUUUUUAAUAUUGUGUGUUGCACUAUCA